AUGAAUAAUCUGCAAAUCGUUCAGAGCGCGCGGCGUGCACUCCAAAUUCGUCAAUCGAGUAUUCCAACCGCUAUAAUUCGUCUUAAUUCAGGGACAGUAUUUGGAGAUCGAACUUGGGAUAAAAGUACACGUGCCGUUGUUCAUGACCUACCCGAUGUUGUGUCACCAGCAGAGAUAAGAAGUCGACACUUGGCAGGCGCUGAUUCGCAUUCAUCGCAAGCUUUUGAACCAAAAACAGACAAAAAUAUUACCAAAGGUCGUUCUGCUGGCGCUCAUUUUGAUUUAAGUUGUCAAAAUUGGGAACGUAAUCAGAAUAAAGAUUUUCGUUCACGAAUGAGACAAAAAGAUUUGGAACAUGAAGCAUUUAAAGCAUCGCGUUUCAUUAAAUAUCAAGAAUAUGGUACCUAUGAAUCGAAUCGGAAUAACAUUAGCGGGCGUCCUUGUCUUUCCAAUUCAACACCUAUGUCUUUAAGUCAUUUAGCAAAAUCGAAAGCAAUGACCAGUUCAAGUGGUGAUCACCAUCAAUAA